AUGUCAAGUAAAAAAAGAAGUUUUGGAGAUAUUGAAUUUGGAGAAUCAGAUGAAGUUGGUGGAACUAAUGUAGAUGUAAAUGGUGAAGAUGAUUUUGAGAACGAUGAUGAGGUUGAAUCAUUCGAAGAUGAUGAACAAUCAUUUGAAGAGAUUGAAGAAGGUGGUGAAGAAGGUGGUGAUAACGAUGGUGAAGAUAAAGGACCAAAAAAAGUAUGGAGAGCAGGUGUUGACCCAUUGGAAGAGGAUGAGGUCUUAGAUUACGAUUCAACAGCAUACGAUAUGAUGCAUUCAAUGUCUGUUGAAUGGCCAUGUCUUUCAUUCCACCCAAUUAAAGAUGAAUUAGGUGCUCAACGUAAUAAAUACCCACACACAAUGUAUUUAGUAGCAGGUACACAAGCUGAUGAGGCUAAAAACAAUAAAGUUAUCAUUAUGAAAGCAAAACAAUUACAUAAAACAAAACAUGACGAUGAAGAUUCUGACGAUGACGAAGAUUCUGACGACGAUGAAGAGUCUGAUGAUGAAGAUGAUGAAGAUAAAGAUGUUGACCCAGAAUUACAACUUGCAUUUAUUAACCAUAAUGGUGCUGUAAAUAGAAUUAGAUCAAUGGAUCAACAAUCAAAUAUUGUUGCAACAUGGUCAGAUAAUAGAAGUGUUUAUAUUUGGAAUAUUGCAAAUCAUUUGAAAGCAUUGGAUAAUGAGACAGUAGCACCAAAACAAACAGCACCAUUACAUACUAUUAGUAAUCAUUCGAUUGAGGGGUAUGCAUUGGACUGGUCACCAAAGAUUGCAGGUCGUUUAGCAACAGGUGAUUGUAAUAAUAGUAUUUUCGUUACCAAUGCAAGUGAGUCAACAUGGAAGACUGAUACACAAGCAUUUAAAGGUCACACAGAGUCAGUUGAGGAUAUUCAAUGGUCACCAUCUGAAGAGAAGGUAUUUGCAAGUUGUUCUAUCGAUCAGACUGUUAGAAUUUGGGAUAUUAGAAAACCAAAACCAGCAAUCACAGUAAAGGCUCACACUGCCGAUGUUAAUGUUAUCUCUUGGAGUAGAAAUGUUGAGUAUCUUUUAGUUAGUGGUUGUGAUGAUGGUUCUUUUAGAGUUUGGGAUUUACGUGCUUUCAAAGAUAAUUCACCAGUCUCUGACUUUAAAUACCACACUGGUCCUAUCACCUCCAUCGAAUGGAACCCAUACGAAGAGUCACAAGUUAUCGUCUCUUCAAGUGAUGAUCAAGUCACAAUUUGGGAUUUCUCUUUGGAAGAGGAUACUGAAGAAUUUACAAAUGCAAAUGCUAAUCCAGAUGAUGAUUUCCAAUAUCCACCACAAUUAUUCUUUAUUCACCAAGGUCAACAUGAUAUUAAAGAAGUUCAUUGGCAUCCACAAAUUCCUCAUGUUGCUAUUUCAACUUCAAUUGAUGGUUUUAAUAUUUUUAAAUCUUCAAAUAGUGAAGAAUAA